AUGUCUUCUUCACGCCUAAACCUUGAAAAUUAUUCAAUUCCUCUGGAGGAGAUCAACCUUGCCACCGAGAACUUCAGUCCACAAAGAUGUAUUGGAGGUGGUGGAUUUGGUUACGUCUACAGAGGACAACUCUCAAAAUACUGGCAAGAUCGCAUAGUUGCUAUCAAACGCCUAGCUAAGGAUAGCUACCAAGGGGAGCGCGAAUUCCGCAACGAGGUCGAGAAGAUUUCCGGAUUCCACCAUGAAAAUAUCAUCUCCUUCGUUGGUUAUUGUGAUGAAGAUAAUGAGAUGAUUAUCGUUUAUGAGUAUGCGAUCAAUGGAAGCCUUGAUCAUCAUCUCAAAGAUCAAAAUAAGAUGUGUUGCAUAACAUGGAUACAGCGCCUGAAGAUUUGUCUAGAGGCAGCAAGAGGUCUUAAUUACCUUCAUGUGGGUCGUGGGGAGCAUAACAGUGUAAUACACCGAGACAUCAAGAGUGCCAAUAUUCUUUUAGAUGACAAUAUGGUCGCAAAAAUUUGUGAUUUUGGGUUGUCAAGAUCAGGAACCAAAAGUCAUCCAAGUAGCCAUAUAUAUACAAAGGUUGCGGGUACCCAGUAUUACAUAGAUCCCACUUACAUUGAAAGCAACAUCCUACGUCAAGAGUCGGACGUAUACUCAUUUGGUGUGGUACUGUUUGAAAUGUUGAGUGGGAUGUUGGUUUAUCAAACAAGGAGAAUCGGAGAGGAUAUGUCUGACUCUCUCAUAAAGUUCGUUCGAAGAUACUAUCACAGUGAACUACACAAAUUAAUUGAUCCCAAUAUAAAAGAUCAAAUUAGCAAUCGUUCCUUGUAUACAUUUAACGAAGUUGCAUGUAAGUGCAUUAGUUACGAUUUCAAGAAACGUCCUACAUUUGACAUGGUGAUUAAGAGCAUUGAGCAAGCAUUGGAUACUCAAUUGCAGGAGAACGUUUCUGCCCUUAUUGAGUGUGUUCAGAAAGACCAAGGAUUUAGUCAUGAAAAACCUGUUGCAGCAUUUACCAUAUACAAGUGCCUUCUCCAUUGGAAUUUUCUUGAAGUAGACAACCCCAUGGUGUUCAAGACACUUAUUGCUCAAGUAUUUCCUUCAGCAAUUGAGUAUCAAAAGUCCAAUGAGCAGAUGGCAUAUUGGUUAUCAUGUGCAUCUAAUCUAUUAUUCUUAAUCCAAAAAAGUAAAAAACUUGAUGGUGGAAGUACAGUUCCGGAACCACCACCUUCAACUAUGCCACAUGAAGAAAUGAUAAAGGGUGGGGAGGAGGUUGUACGACAAGUUCAAGUAAAAAAACCAGCAUUACAUUUCAUGGAUCAACUAACGGAAUAUGUAGAGAAUAUAUACAACUUUAUCUGUGACGACAUGAUUAAAGAGUUGCAACCCUUACUUGCCUCGUCCAUUGAGGCUCCACAAACAUUCGAGGGACUAACAAGUUCUAGAAAAUCCUUUCGCGAAGAUUCUCAAUUCAGUGAUUGGCAAGGGAUUCUUGAUCACCUUAACAAUCUACUCAAAACGAUGAAAGAAAAUUAUGUGCCUCCAAUAAUUGUUCAGAAGAUAUUAGCUCAAGUUUUCUCCUAUAUUAAUACACAGCUCUUUAAUAGUCUCCUUACGCGUCACGAGCGUUGUACCUUCAAAAAUGGUGAAUUUGUGAAAGCCGGUUUAGCGGAGCUGGAGCUAUGGUGUUCUCAGCCACCACAAAAGUAUGCUGUCUUAGCCUGGGAUGAACUUCAGCAUAUUCGACAAGCUAUUGAGUUUCUGGUGAAACAGGAAAAGCACAUGUUAUCGUACGAUGAAAUAACCAACCUAUUCCAAAUUCUAAGCAUCCCGCAAUUGCAUAGACUAUGCACAAUAUAUAGGCUCGACCCUAACGAUGUAUUCUCCCAUGUUAUUUUAACAAUGAAGAUAUUGAUGAGAGUAAAUUCUUGUUUUGGUUAUUGCCAUCGACGAAAUCUCAGUUCCAGCUACGGAUUAAAAUAUCUUCUGAAGAUUCUAUGCAUCGUAAUUUUGUAUUCAAUAUGCACUAUGUAUUGGGAGGACACUCACAACGUAUCCUCCGAUGUUAUCAUAAUGAUGAAGAUAUGGAUGAAAGUGCAUUCUAGUGUCACUUAUCUACUAACUGAUAGCUCCAGAAAAACUUUCAAUGUUGAUGACCUAUACACCUCCUUGCAAGUAAAAGAUUUUCAAAACAUUAAUCCUCCUAUAGAACUUUCAAAGUGUGGAGCCUUUAAAGUUCUUAACAACUAAAGACCAUACCUCACCAAAUUAUGUUUCAUGUAAGUUGAGGAGCAAUAAUGUUUUAUGUAAGGUAAGGAUUUUAAAAACUCCAUUUUAGUUUCCUGGUUUUGUAAUUAAAGCAUAUUGAAUGGAAGGGAAUCUCAAAUGUUAUGACGGUAUAAUUAUUCUACAAGCGGUACUUAUUGGUAUCGCUAUCAAUGUAUUCUACUAGAACAAUCCUAUCAUGGUAUGGUCAGAGAUUGUUGUUGUUGUCUCUUUGAGUUGGUUGUGUCAUUGGUGUGUAGCUUUCCUAAUUUCGUG